AGAAGCGGGAAAUAUCAGUAAAUAAACAAUAUAAAAUAUAACCACUGAUAUACACUAAAUAUAACCCAGUUUUGGCAUAUUUUUUGGUGUAUUUGGAAGUGUAAUUGCUUGCUUGUAAAUCGGUCAAAGAUGGACUUUUCCGGAAAUUUCAGAAGUAAAGUAAAGCAAGAGGCAGAAAGUCAUUCACGACUUCAAAUGUAUAAAGUUCCACCAGAACAUAAGAUUUCUCUGGAAGAUUUUGAAACGAUUGCAACUGAACGUCUUAAACGUAAGUUGAAUUAUGAUUUUAUUAAAUAUUGGGUUGGUUUUAUACACUAGAUAUUGGUGUUACCAGAACCAUCAUCUUUUUGUGUCAAGACAUUACUACAUUCCUAUGCCAAUUAUUGUUAAAAACUUAAAAUGUGAAAUUAUUGUUAGCUAUGUCAAUAUAAUUUCUCGUGGACCAAUCAGACAUUCCCAUAAUGUCGAUUUCACAUCCCUGUGGUCGCAUCCCUGAGAAUGUUUAGACGCAUAAAAACAUACUACGGUUUUUGAGGAUCCACAAUUUUGAUUGUAAUCCAUUUGACAGGUUAUUCAGUGUAAUAGACUAGCUUGCAAAAACAUCCAAUCGAUAUUGGCAAUUGACUACCUCACAGGCAUUUGUUGCAGGUGAUGUCAUUACAUUUGGCAUCCGGUGUAGGAAACACUUUAUGACACACUUAACAUUUACCGUAACCCCUGCAACAAAUGCCUGUGAGUUAGUCAAACCGAUAUUGACACUUUUUAAGUUUAUGCUCACAGACACAUACGCACAACUGCGGAUGAAAACAUAGACUCCAGUCGGAGAUAAUAACUAAUAAUUUGUUCUUAAAUGCAUUCCUGUAGUUCUGAGAGAUGUUGAAACGUUUGGUAUUCGAAGGAAGAAAGAUAGUGAUGAGUACAGUACUGCUAUGUGGACUUCACUAAGGAAAUAUUUAGAUUAUACUUAUUCUACGGUAAGAACUGGUUCACAUUGUAUGUCCCUGUCUGGAAAAUCUAACCUGCACACACACACACCAUUACGGUAACACCUUUGUAUACCCCUCUGGAAAAUCUGACCUGCACUCCCCCCUAAAAAUCUACACUUACUGUAUACCCCCUCUGGAAAAUCUCACCCCUCUCUUCCCUCCUCAUGGAAAAGCUGCCUGGGGCUAAGAGGUGAGGUAGGCAACUUGAGAAUUCCUGGCAUUUAUAAAGACAAGCAAUCAAGUAUACUUAUUACUUUUACAUUGCAUUUUUUUGGAUAUUGUUAUUUAGGAUGACCAGAAAAUGGCAAAGAAUAAGCAUAAUAUUGAUAAACGCAGGAAAGAAUCUGAAAACGAUAAUACAUCCCAUUUUAUAUUACGUUUGGCUUACUGUAGAUCGUAAGUUUUAAUAGAUAUCUAAACCAAAAUCAUCUGGCAUUGGACAGAGUAAAAUAAUAAAUCAGGGCAGAUUGCAACUUAAUUGGUUAUCUAGACACAUGUACAGAUAAUCUGAUUAAAAGGAUGCAUAGGCCGAUAGAGUAACUUCAUUAACUAUAGCUGUGAUUUUGUUUUAAUGUGUGUCACCAUGUCAGGUGGACUAGUUGUUUGUGUUUCACAAUAUCUUAAUGCAAAACAGAUGGUUUUGUGGUUUUAAUAAAGUUUCAGUACUGUCUGGUAUACAUCCAGAAAAAUUUUACCGGAUACUGGAUUCUGUGGGAUGUCUAUAUUUUCUCCGGCACAUCCCCAGUUGAUUGGUUGGUAGGUUUGUCCAUACUAGGUUGCUAAAUCUGUUUGUUGGUCGCUUCACUCUGUUUGUUGGUCACUAAAUCUGUUUGUUGGUCGCUUCACUCUGUUGGUCAGUGAAUGAGUCCAUGAUGAUUGCAUUGAAUUUUGCUCUAGUGAAGAAUUGCGGAGAUGGUUUAUCACACAAGAAGUUGAUUUGUUCAAGUAAGUUUGUUGAGCACUGUACGUGAUUUUACAUAUAUCGUACUGCACGAAAACUAUGUGUACAAUAAUGUUAAUAAUAUAUAAUAUAUAUCUUCAGAUUUCGUUUUAACUUUGAAGCAGAAAACUUUGAAAACAUUGAAAAAUUUUUGGAGGAAAACAGUUUAAAGUAUACCCCAGUAAGUGAAGACAUAUACUAAACAAUUUUUGGAUGAGAUUUUAUGAUAUUGGGAUAUUUGGGAUUUGUAGAUGGAAAUAUAUAUUUUUGUAACUUAUUUAAGAUAUCAAAGGAAGAAAGGAAUGAAAGAUUAAGCAAACUUGCAUGUGCUGAUUAUAAAAUGGUCGAAUCAAACGUUAAAAUGAUAAAUUAUUAUAAGGUAAAAUUUUAUUUUCCUUAAGUAAAACCACACUAUUUGAUUAUGAAAUUCUAAUUUCCUGAAUGACCAGCACUUAUGGUGUCGUGGUCUGCACCACGCUUGCCUUUCAAACUUGGAGAGUCUGGUUCAAUCCUUGGUCUGACCUCUACUCAAGCUCUUAAAAUAGUUGAGGAGAAAGAGCUACCUUUACAUUGACAUCAGUAAAUGGUUAAGGCCCAUUUCCGCUCAAGAAAAAUUUCCACGGACAGAAAAUUUCCCGAUAAUAUCAUUGUUAAAAGUUGAAAAUUUUCAACUUCAAAUUUUUUUCCGACGGAAAAUUUGUGUCGGCCAAUCACAUUUUACAAAAUUUUCUUCCUGCGGAAAAUUUUCCUGAGUAGAAAUGGGCCCUUUCUGGCUUUAGACAUUCGCGUCUUCUUGGAUAAGGAAGUUAAUAAAAUCGUUAGGUAUCGCGGAUCCCCUAUCAAUUGGGUAAUGUAGCCUGUUGUGAAAUUCACUCACCAAUAAGUGAGAAACUCAAUAGACGACCGAUAAACUCACUACUGUUUCUUCUUCACUAAUACUCAAAUACAAUUUCAAGGUUCAUUUUACAGAAGCUCUGGACUUGGUGCGCUCGCGUAAAGUGUAUUUGGAAAAGGUGCGGUAAAGAUCUUAAGCUUGGAGGACAAAUGUACUUUUUUGACGAAUUUAAAAAACCUAUUGUAUAAAUUACGUAUUACAUCCAAUAAUUGGUCGCAUUAUUUUCAUUUUAGGGUUAUGCUUAUGUCCCAAGAGAUGGCCUAGUUUCCAUCAUUAGUAACUGUUUCAGGGUACAUUUAUCUCACGCACUCGCUGUAAGUAUGUAGGAGCUUUUAUGGACGUAGCUAUUCCGGUAUAAACUUUAUAAAAAUAUAAUGUAAAACGUAACAGAACGGAGAACAUGCACAUUCAGCCAUCUCAAAUAAUGGUAAUGUUGGGAUAGUAGCGUUGCAGACUGCAGAGGAGAGUGGGCAGUAAGGCUCUCUCAUGCACCACCCCAUGGAAAACCUGCACCCCUCCUUGCAGAUGAGGCUAGAUCCUCCCCUAAUUUGAGGCGUCCUCGCUAUGUUAACCUUUUUUGUCUUGUUUGUACAUCUUUGUUUGUCUAUAACCAAAUAUUUGACUUAGAGAUAUUUUACUCUGAAUUUUCUGAUAUUUUUUUUAAACAGUUAACGGCACGGUCACUGCCCUAUUUGGAAGAAGACGAGCGUCUUUUGCCAAGGUUGACAAGUUUAAGGUAUAAAAUUGGCGUAAAUCAGGACACUUGUUGGUUUCUAUAUCACGCGUUUUAUUCAAAUGAUACUACCGCAGUUGUAUAUUUCUGCAAGGUGUAUAUAUAUGGUGACGGAUUAGCUUGUUAUAGUGUUUAAAUGUUAAAAAUUCAUCUCGUUCGUAUUUCUCUCUCGUUCAGUCGUCAAUAUCUUGGUCAGGGUUAUAACAGUAAGAAAGAAAUGCCAGGUGGAAAAAUUACCCUUGGCCAGAUUGAUUCGGUGAGUGAUUGAGAUCAAAUAUAUUGGCUUUUAUUUUGAAUAUUUUCAUCCUAUACCUUCGCGCUGGUUAGGUUCUUACUCUUUACAUGUCAUUGUCUCGUGAUAUAUUUCAAAGUUUUAUCGUUUAUAUCUUUCAGUUGUCUUAUGUAUUCCCUUGGUCUUGAAUAAUUUAAAAUUUGUCUUAUUCUUGGAUUUUUUGGAUGUGUACCUGUACCAUAUACUGCAUGUAUGUGGUGCCUUUUGCCUCUGAGAUCGUUCAUGGGUUCGAUUGUUGCUGCAGACUCAUAAUCUUAGUCAACGUCCUACAGAAUGUAGUGGGUUUUCUCCUACUCCGCGGUUUCUUCUCCCAGGGAAUGUUGACAGGGUGGGUUGGGAUAAGCCUCUAACUGACCCUUCUUGCGUAGCUGUACUCCGUGAUGAGACAUGAGUCACAAGGUGGCUGUCAUAGGCGUCCUUAGAAAGCCUUCGACUCGAUCAGGUUGAGCUGCGUCCUUCGUAAUUCAGUUUAGCUCUCAGCUGCAAGUAAGGAUGAUUAUCACACUCCCCACUUACUAACUCACUUACCUCUCUAUCUUUCACUGUUUUAUAUAGUUAUCCAAAACAUCUUUUCCUCUGUGCAUGAGGCAAUUGCAUGAAGCGUUGAGACGAGAUCAUCAUUUGAAACAUGGCGGUCGAUUGCAGUAUGGUCUGUUUAUCAAGGUAUAUUUAACUGUGAUAUCAAUUAUUAUUUUCAAGUCCAAAUCUUGAUUGAAGAGGCGUUUGUGGCUCAGAGCGAGGUUUAAUUAUAUCCAUAUUACUAUAAUCCUACCAUAUCUGGUUAGCUCAUGCGAGAUUUAAAUUUUUAGGGAAUAGGUUUAACAUUGGAAGAAGCGUUGAUGUUUUGGAGGAGUGAGUUUACAAAGAUUAUGGAAGUCGAUAAGGUAACAUUAGAGUGUUCACAUUUGACUCCGCCACCUCUGAUUGGCGAAGUGCAGAAAAAAAUCUUUCAAGCUCACCUUAUCAUAACCCGCGCACCCGAAAACCCACAUAUACAUGAACAGGUUCAAUUCCCGCCAGAGGGUCUAGAUAUAGUUGCAUUUUUCACUAUUGCUCCUGGUUAGGUCUUAGGUAAAUGUAUAAAAUUCACACCCGAAAUUUCCGUCUACUAAACCCUUCCGCCAUUUUUUCUUUAGUUUGACAAAGGAUAUGCGUACAAUGUCCGUCACAGUUUUGGUAAAGAAGGAAAGAGAACCGACUAUACUCCUUACAGUUGUAUGAAAAUCAUCAUGUCCAACCACCCCGGACAAGGGGAUUAUCACGGUAUGAUUUGUAUGAGAAUAAUGACUUUGGUGUAUCAGGGGGGAGGUGUGGGAAGGAAGGAAGGAAUUGCUGAAAUGCGAAGGACGCAACUCGGAUCACCUUAGGGGGCUUCGGUGGCGCAGUGAUCAAAGCAAGCGUCUUUCACCUCUGAGAUCGUGGGUUGGAUUCUCGCUACGGACUCAUGUGAAAAGAGUCAGUCAACGCUCUGUCGAAAGUCGUGGGUUUUCUCCGAGUGCUCGGGUUUCCUCCCACAGGGAAAGUUGACAGAGUGGGUUAGGAUAAACACAGUUAAGAAAGUAAUAUCACAAUUGUUGUCAAGAUAAAUAGUCUGGGCUAAGUAAGUAACAUAAGUAAGCGUAAUACUUGAUGUAAUCGGUCACUGAAACCCCCAAUAGGGAGUGAGCUGAAUAAUAAUGUACCUCGAACAUGAUCGAGUCGCCAGUAGGGCGCCACCAUAAUAGCCAUGUCUGAUCACGGAACCACAGCUAAGGCGGAAGGGUCAGUUUUUGGUGAAGGAGCAAAACUGUACAUACUACCUGGAGAAAACCAAUCGAAACAGACGAACAACAAAUCCACCUACAUGAGUUUUCAAGCACGUCAAGUACGGAUUAGUCAACCAUCCUCAAUAAUUCCCUAUGCUCGACCUUCAGUAACAGGCUUAACUCAGGCAGCCUGAUAACUGUAUGGAAAUAUUUUCAGGUUGUCCAUUUCGUCAUUACGAUGCUGACAUUUUGCGUCAAAAAUUGGUGGCUUAUGGUGUACCCCAUCCAGCUAUUAAAGAGGUAUCAGUUUGUUGUCCAUUUAAUGAUAAUUUAAUAAUAACUGCAGCUAAGGCUGACGUGGUCACGAAUCUACUCCCAUGUGUAUACCAAGCUUUUAGCCACGUCAAGUUUAAGGUAAUCGUUCCAUGUUUCGCGCACCAAUACAGUAAACGUUAUGUAAUGGGUAAUAUAGUGUACUGAAAAGUUAACUGGAUACCUCCAUACACAUACAGUAUAUACACACCCUAACCUUAACCUAACCCUAACCCCUAACCUAUAUUGGUGCGCGAAACAUGGAACGAUAGUUUAAUCCGUCUUUUGCAGAUCCAAGAAUUAGUGAAAGAUUCUCAUUACCAGUUAGCAUGUGCUCGGUAUUUUGAAGUCACACACAAGGUGAAUUUAUCAUUCAACUAUCUAUAACUAAUAAAUUAGCUCUACCAGUUCUAAACUGUUCUUCCUAGAGGUCCAGUAAGGAUCAUCUCUCAUUCAUCCAGUGUUACUACAGGAAGCAACCUAAACUAAAAUAACUUUAUUUACAGUAUAUUGGAUAGUUUUAAACGAUUUUUAUCACUUUUAAACGAUUCUCUUCUAGGUAUCACUGCCUCAUGCAGACGCCAUAAAUCACCCGAACAAAUACGUCGAGGAAAGCCGUCGUGUUCACGAACAGCUGUCGACGGGAACCAUAAAACAAGAACCGCUAGCAAGCACCUCCAUCGCUCACAUUGCGGGCAGUGGCGGAAUAAAGACUGAGAGGGUCACACAGUCCAGUUCACAAACAUCGUUCAGUUCCACCACGGCUGAUGACGUCAUCAACUAUGACGUCACCAUGGAUGAUGACUUAGAUGAAGGAGCUUUGGAAAGUAUGGAUGCCAUGGGAUAUUAGGGAACGUCGUGGAACUGUUUGUGAUGGACUAUUAUGCAUGAUAUGAAAGUAAGCCGAAUGCCCGAAGGCUGAAAUUCUUUGUUCUGUGGAAAAGACCAUGUCCAUUUGGAAAAGCCUCCAAUCCGUAAGCUUGGAUCUAUGACCAAUAAUUUCAAUUCACACGUCGUUUUGUAACUAAGAAAGUCGUGAUCUUUUAUUACAAAAGACGUAUAAAUUGAAAUUCAGACAUUAUUUAUGUUGAAGAAAAUCCAAGCUUACGGAUCGAAACAUUUGCCAAAAUUAAGUAAAUAAGCGUGGUGUUUUCCGCAAAAUGUAACUGGUAAGCACCUUGUUUGAAAAGUACAAUAUUGGCGCAGUUAAACCCAUGUGUUGACAGUAUUAUAUAUUAAAUACAUUUGCAUAUUUCACGCCUCUUACAUGAUAAUUUAAAUCGCGACCAGCCUGUUAUAGACGUCGUGGCAACUCGUUACGAACAGCCUGUAUUAGUCUUGUUGGAACAACUUGUAGCAAG